AUGGAAUUAAAAAAGAACAGUGAUGUUAAAAGCAAAAGGAGAUGCCUCCAUCAGACCUCACAUCUUUUUGCUUAUUCUGAGGAAGCUGAGCACAUGCUCGUCAGAGACACUGCAGCAGGAGCGAACCAUUCUGAUUUUGGCCAGGCAGGUUCUGUCAAUGUUUCAGAGUUUAAGUUACCAGAGGAAAGUUUACCUUAUUUAAGUUCAUCUUUAAACACAGAUAUUGAAAUGUAUAAUGAAAUGAGAAUGAGAAUUUGCUGUGCACAGGUCAAUGAGAGCAAGAAAGAAGCUGAAAUGGUGGAAAGGGCAUGUGACAAUACGCACUUUAAUUGUGGGGUGUGUGAUGACUGCAGACAAAGCCAUUUAGGUGAAGACUCACAGCUGGAAUAUCUCAGUGCUAAUGAGGACUUUGAUGAUAGGAAUAGCUCAAGUGAGUCUUCUCAGAAAAGGGAAACUCCAGGAAUUGAAACCUUAAAGCCGAUAGAUCCAGUUGAUGAAGUUCCAGGGCGUAGAGUCGCAAAGGAACAAGAUCUCUUUGAUGUGUCAGAAGGUUGUUGUCCUGCUUCUGACUAUGGUGUAGGUGAGCAGACCUGCCCAGAAGGACCUAAGCCAGAGCUUCCCUACCUGCUUCAGAACUCCCUACCAGAUUUCAAUGGUGUGACUUGUGAUCAUCAGGAAGAACAGACAGAGUAUCAUAGUGCUGUUUAUGGAAGUAUACUUGAAAGUUGUGAAUGUGGGAGUAAAGAAAAGGCCCGUCCAAAUCUGCUUGUAUGUGACGGUUUAGGAGAUGGAGAGGUGAAAGACAUCCCUCUGACUGACAGCACGCUGCCACCCCAAACAGCUACAAGUGGAGAAGUGUCUGAGAAGAGUGACGGACACAUUCACAGCAUCUCAGUGAGGCAAGACAAUCCUUUGCUGUCAGCAAGGGGAAGGGCCCCUGCAGUAGCUGUGCAAUCUUGCCAUCGUGCAGAGGACUCUGAUGUCUACAGUUGGGAAGAAUCUGGUGUGUGCCUGCAUGGUGCCAGCUGCACUGACUGCGCUCCAAAGGAUGCUGAAGCCCAAUUCCCAGUCUCUGAAAUUCUCACUAGCAAGAAUCCCUUUUUCGAGGUGGAAUUUGCAGAUAAAUCCUCCCGUGGAAAUACCAGCUGUGUGAACUCGGAGCAUCGUGAAAACUUGAAAAACAUUCCCAGUGACUCUACGGUUAACCAGGCUGUUGCUGCGAGUUGUGAUUUCAGACCUUGCUUCACAACAAGCAGAAGUACCAGUGCUCAGGUUUGCCUCUCGUCCAGGGCUGUUAAUACAGAGAUAACAAUGAUGAACAAAUCUCGACCCGUGGGACUGCGCUGGGAAAACUGUGCAGACGUUGCUUGCAAUACAGACUGGUCAUGUGGAGCCAGUACAACAGUGCAAACUGGAUCACAGCUCUCUGAGAUGCUGGGAGAACACUCAGAUGGCAGUACUGCAACAGCUGAAAGAAGUUCACAAAUUCAGGAACAAGAAGAAUCAAAAAAUGAGUUGUGUAGCAGUGAUUUAAAGAUAAGCACUGACAGGCCAGUGCGCAUUGACAAACAAGCUGUGAAGAAUUCUGCAUCAAGCUACUGUCAAAAAAUACUGCAGAGAGCGAUUGAAGCGGAAUUGCAGAUUCUAAACGCUCAUUAUCGGAUGUGUUAUCAGCACUGCUUGAAGAUUUACAAACUGGCUUUGGAAGAAAACAUAUGUUUUAGCAGAUUUAAUGGAAAUAGUGAAUUACGUUCAUCUCUCAUCUUGGUUUUGAAAGAGCUAAGAAAGAAUUACAACAGUAUGAGAAUGAAAAUUGAAAUGGGCACACCUUUAAAUGAACUUCCACCACUAUCGGUUGAGAUGAAGUUGUUCCCAAUCUCCUCUUCUUAUGUCCCCUGCAAGUUGUUCAGAGAGGAUCUUUGCUAUGUUUCUGUUUCAGGCUCAAGGAAAGGUGACUUUGUAGCACCAGAACUACAAGAAAGGAAGAUUUCUGUCAACAUGGACAACCCACAGACUGUGUGUGGAACUGAUGGCAGACAGCCAAGUGACUCUACUUCCUCCAAGGCAUUUGCAGAACAACUUCCAGAUCAGGAUAUAAAACGUGGCUGUGUGAAAAAUGAAGACAAGAGUGAAUACUGGUUUGAUGCUAAAGAGGACUUGACAGUAGCAGAUUUUUCAGUAACGUCUGAAGAAACAAAAGAGCAACAAGAAAACCAAGACACGGUUGAUUUAAGAGAAGUGAAGAUAACGGAGAGUGGAAGUGAGUGUUCUUCUAUUUGUGUUGGUGGCCUGAGUUCCUCGGAGUCGGAGGGGGAUUUAAGAUCACAUUUCCAGAAGUACCAGGUUUCUGACACUCCUACUGCUGCGGAUUCUAAUAACUACAGAUAUGCAUUUCUUCCCUUUAAAGACACUAAUAAAGCAAAGUUAGCUGGAGAAGAAAUGAACCAGAAAAAAAUAAAAGGAAAACCACUAAGUGUUGAACUUGUAAAUACUUCAUCAGAGAAUAAAUAUUCUUUUUCCCAAGUACUUACAAAUAAGCUUUGUCAUGAAAUCCAACCUGUUGGUAACAGUCAAAGAAAUUAUCAAGAUAAAACCCUCACUUCAGCCUCCAAGUCUGUGAAAGCACUUGACACCACCUCUGCUUCUGAGAAAAUGCAUCUCCUUCCCGUAACUUUUUCCAAAAUUUCUGACUCUACACAAGUACCUUCAGAAACAAAGUGCUCUGCACUGAAAUCAUCUACUGAAGAUUCGGUACGAUGCUUGCUUGGAGUUAAUCAAAAGGGUACUGAAGAAAAUUUCUUGCAGAAAACAUCUGUUCCUUUCUCCACUAAUUCACACGAUGCUUUUUUUUCUCCUAAUACAUUGAACUUGAGCAGCUUUGGUAAAGUAAUAAAGAAACUUCAAGAAAUUCAUCCAGAGGCUAGCAGAGACAAAAUUAUGGCUGCUGUGCUGGAGGUGAGGAAAAACAACAAAGGGAUCCUGAGUGGCUUGGCCAUCAGUUCUAUUGUGGAAAGGACGUCUGUCAUUCUGAGAAAAUCAACACCCAGUU